GUGUGUGUGUGUGUGUGUGUGUGUGUGUGUGUGUAUAACAACAGACUUUCAAUAAAUCACAAUAAGUAACUUCAUUCUGUUUCGAAGCCCCCAAAUGUCACAAUAUCUUGACCUUUCACCCUUCAAGAUCUAUAUCGAUAAUCAUGACAUAGCAAUUGUUCAAUAUACCGAAUUCUUAGGUUUCAUCUUGAUUGUGGUUUAACAUGUAAGAAGCAGAUAAACGAAAUUAUUCUUAUUAUACCUCUAUGUCUCCUUCUCAAUAAUACCCCCAUGGUUACACCUAGCGUAUAACAGGCGUUUCCAUGGUAUAGGCCGUAUUACGCGCUUAUCACCAUGAGAACAGACUGAAGUGACGCAUGUAAUUCCAAGUAUUCUAAACAUUUGAAAUGAUGCGCGGCGGCCUCUUCUCGUCUUGUUCUUCACAAUUAGAUAUUUUAUUUUUAUUUUGUAGAUAUCUUUUGACUUUGUAACUACUUCCAGCUUUAGUCUAAGCUAGUCCUACGUCUCUAUAGUAGGAUCUAUGAUAUGACCUUACUUCAAAAUAGGCUAGUAUAAUUAUAUGGAUCUCGGCCUAAGCCUAGCCAAUCGAGAGUUAUUUCUGAGAUGAUGUGGUGGUGUUCGCUAUGGUAGGAAAAUUGAUUCUCUGGAUGAUGGUGAAUUUUUCUUAUUUUAUUAAUAUCAGAUUACAGGCAAGAGGUAAUGAAUCAGACCUUGUAAUCAUUUUAUAUAAAUUGCCUUUACUAUGUAUUUAUUUAUUUGUUCUUUAUUGAGUGGCUUUUUCAAUAAAUUUAAAUAAACAAAAAUUGAUUCUCUGCUCGACGAUGGUGUAUUUUUCUCCAGGUAUUUAGGCCUAGCCUAGAAAGUGGCCCUUUCAAACAUAAUAAAAUAAUGUUCUAUUCAGAGGGCUUAGGUCUAGGCCCUCCUAGGCAUAGAGACUAUGGCCUGCAGCAUCACAUUAGUAUUUACAGUUAGGCAUAAUGUAAUGUGCCUUUUUUUAGAACAGCAAAUACAACGCAUGAUAAUACAUAGUAUUUAAAAAAAGAUAUUCAAUAAUUGUAUUGUUGUAUAGCGUUUCUAGAUAGACAAGGGAGCUUGAAAGAUAAACCGUUAAUACAAAUGGUUUCUUAAAAACAAUAACACUGAAUAUUCUUCCUGAAAAAUGCUAGAAGUAUUCUGCUGUCAAGAUGACCACUGGAUGUACCACAAUACGUCAUUGCCAUGCAACCACUUAGAUCAAGGCGCCACUAGCGGUUAUCAACAGAUGCUGAGUUGGGCUGAACAUCAAUUUCCUUCUCAAGAUGUUACAAAUGUUUUCAACGAAAGUCUGUUGAAUUUUAUGAUAAAGGAACAGCUUUGGAUGGAAGCAGCAAAAUCGGACGCUGACGUUGAAAUCUUCUGGAUGGGUAUGAAAUUGAACCCAGCAAACAAGCUAAAUAAUCCCGAGACGGCGUCAGAUGUGAACAAUCCACUUAGCUCAAUGUUUCUCGACCGUUUGCAAAAUAGAAAGGCGCAUGAUCAUGUUUGCGUGGAGGCUACGGCUAUCACUAACGAUACGACGACUUUUGCAAACGCUUGCUGGAGCGCUUACUUGGAGGUUCUAUCUAAACCAUCUGUUUGUAUAAAUGAAUGGACGUCCUGGUCAGAUUGUGUGGAUGGAAUGAGGACGAGGGAAAGAGGAUGCGCAGUCAGAGAAACUGGAUGUAUAACAUACCCAGAAAUAGGAACAGGAACCUGUGAACUACUAGAACUAAUUUUUCCUGAAAAUGACACAAUUAUAGCGACUCCCGGGGAGAGACUUAGAAUGAGAUUUAGAGCUAAGGAGAACCCACUUUCAACGGUGAUGUUUCAAUUACCUUAUGGGCCAGCCUCUGCCACACUGACAACAGACGGAACCUUUGAUUGGUUGGUUCCCAGCGGCACAUUCGUUGAUGAGGAUAUUUUCGUUAAUGUAUUACUCUAUAACAACGACGGCCAUCAGCGCAACAUUAAUUUGACUGUGGAAAUCAUAAGUUGUCCAUGUGUUGGAGGGUACGGAGUAUGCGUAGAGCGAACUGGGGUCAGUCAAGGGCUGGGUGUUUAUGAUUGCGAUUGCGAAGUGGGAAGGUUUGGAACUCUGUGCGAGGAGGAUGUAAACGAAUGUGAAUCAGAUCCUUGUCACCCAAUGGUUGAUUGCAUCAAUCUGCACAAUAUGUAUUGGUGCACUGCAUGUCCAGACGGUUACCAUGGUGAUGGAAUUAGUUGUAAACCAGUUACCGGAAAUAGAGGUUCUGAGAAUACGAAUGGAAAAGAUGAUAAUAAGCAAAACUGUCCUGUUUGCGACACAGGAAGGUCAUCAAUUACCAAAUCCAUGUCCGUCCAGUUAUUGAUUAUUAUAUCGAUGUUUUCUUAUAUAUUAUCAAAAAUAAGCUAACACUUCCUUAAUUAAUAUAUUCCAAUGAGUGGCCUUGUCAUGUCCAAAAAUGUACUUGAUUGGGUGCCGCGAUUUAUAAGAAGGUCCACUUGUAAACCAAAGGUAUGAUGUAUUUAAUACUUGCACUACUAGAUUUAUAAUGUAUUUUUUUUAAAUUUUUAAUUCUUGUAUAAUAA